UUUCCGCUCGGUGGAUAAAUUCAAGAUACUCAUUGGUUACUACAACCUGACACAGCCAACCUCUAACAGUGUCGUCGUACUAGUGAAAUCUUAUACCAUUCAUCCUUCAUACUCUUCAGAUACCAACUUUGGGGACAUAGCGGUGGUGGAACUGAAGCAUCCAGUGAACUUCACAAACUACAUCCAGCCAAUAUGUGUUCCUUCUUCCAAUGAAACUUUCCCUGGGGGGAAAAUGUGCUGGGUCACUGGCUGGGGUGAUAUCCAGUCUGGUG